AUGGGAAGAAAAAAUAGAAGUUCAAAAAAAGUCAUUAGUGGUAAAUUUACUAACGCUGGAGACUUAAAAAACCGCUUUCAUGCUAACGCUAAAAGCAGAAUAGCAGCUGAAGACUGUGAAGCAUUAGCGGUAUUUUUCAACUCUGAUGCUAGUGUAUCCGAUGGCGUUGGCGAAAUCAAACUAUCAGCUAAUGAAACAAUAUUCAAUCAGAAGAAGCAAUUUCUAAUCAACAAAAUUCAAGGACUUAUUGGUCAGUGUCAAACUUCCAAUUAUUAUUCAGUGGCUGGUCUACAAAGACAAUUGGGAGAUGUACAAAAGUUAGAAGCUAAGCACCAAAAGGAAUUGCUACAAUUAGAGCAAGAAGCCCGAGAAUUAGAAUCUGCUUAUGAUGAAAAUGUAAAAAAGGCCAAUGACCCUAAUACUAGUCCGGAAGAUAAAACCAAGUUUUUAAUAUUGGCUAAUCAAAUAUCUGAAAAAGCUAAAAGAUUAAAGUCGAAAAUCAAACAAAACCCCUUAGCCGAUUUAAGUAGGUUCAGUAAUUUGGAUGAUUUAACAACACUUUUGGGAGGUAAUGUUCCAAAAAAUCCUCCUAAACCCAAAACAAAACCUGAUGGCAGUGGUGGAAGUACCCCAACUCCUAAUCCCUUAGAAGAUCCCAAAGAUUUUUUUGAGCAAUAUAAAACUCAAAUCUUUAUGGCAAUAGCACUAAUUGGAGUAUUAUUUUACCUCUACACUCAAAAAGAUAUCGAAAGAGAUGAAGAUGCUGAAGAGGAUAAGAAGUUUAUGCGACAAAUGAUGCUAAUGAAAGCCAUGAAUGUCUACUUACCCGAAGAAGAAAAUAAGAAAAAAAUGGAAAAAGAGGAAAUAAAUAAAGAACCAGAAAAAACUCCCGAAGAAAAAUACCAAGAAGAUGCCAGCAUUUUCCCUGAUGGAGAUAAAAACAAAAAUUUUUACUUUUCUCGCUCUGCUGUUUAUAAAAUUCAUUUUCCUCCUGCUCUGCAAGAAAAUUACGAAAAAGCUAAAGAAGCAGAAAUUGACUGCACACCUGAUUCAGAUAAAAAGGAUAACAGUGCUUUGUUCUACGGUGCUCCGGGUACGGGUAAAACAGCCACAAUAAAGAAUGUUUGUGUCAAGGCCAAUAAGUAUCCAGUAGUGGAAAUAAAAGGUUCGGCUUUGACUCCUAACAAAGAAGACCAAGAAUCAGGACUUUUACCGCUGAAAAAGUUUCAAUAUACUAUUACCGACCAGAUUUCUAAUAAUGCCCUAACCCAUGACCCAACCAAAUUAAGAUUUUUAAAAGACUGUUUAGAAGGAGUUGAUAAAGAUUCUCGUAGAAGAUUAAGUAAUCCGCUCGAUUUCAGUUGGACUUGGGGAGAAUUUAAAAAAUAUGCCCAAGAAGCCGAAUUGUUUAUUGAAAAAAAUCCUAAUGCUCAGUAUGAUCCUAAACAAGACGAAGAAACUGAUGAGGAAGACGAUGAAGUUGAACUAAAAGACAUUGAAAUUGGCGAAUUUUUAGAUGGGGAUCUAAUGAAUUAUGGCGGUAAGUUUAUUAAUCCUCGAAAACCGACCGUAGAAAAAGUGCUAGAAGUUCAAUUUACAAAUCUAAUUAACAAAAUCGAUGAGCAACUUGAUGAUAUAAUUAGUGAAUUAACUGGUGCCGCUUGUGUUUGUGUAGCUACUGGUGGCCUAGCGGCUCCGGCCAUAGUUGGUUUGAGUGCGGCCGCUGGCUUUGGUGGCUACUUAGUUGGUGAUAAAGCCGAUAAGGAAAGUGCCGAAAGAGAAAAAAUACUUCUGCAAGACCAAAGGUAUAAAGAUGCUAAGCAUGAAAUAGAUACACAAAUAAAUAACAAUAAUCAAACACAGGAUGCCAUAAAUACCAUUAUUGGUAAAAUUAACGGCAAUAUCCAACGGCAACCUCACGAAACCGAUGAAUACUUAAGAAAUCAACUAAUUAUUCUGAACGGGCAAUUAGAUAGUGGCAAAAGAAGAAUAAGCAGUUUAAGAAAUGAUGUCGAUAAACUGAGAAAAGAAUUGGGUGGCGGUGAUGAAGCAAAAAAAGAACUAGCAAAAAUCAAAAUAAUUACUAAUCUACAAGAACAGCACGAAAAAGCUGAGUCCGCUCACAGGAAGCAUUCUACUUACUCCCAGUUGAUUAUCGGACAUUACAACAGUUAUAACUUGAGUGGAGAAGUUAAUAGUAAUAGUGUUGCUGAAUACGACUGA